GGGGCGGGGGGAGAGCGAACGCCGGGGACGACGACGGCGCCUGCGCGAUGGGCGUGAUCCGGGCACUUAGGGCAGGAUGAACGCUGCUUUUCAAGAUGGCGACGGAGGGAGGAGGGAAGGAGAUGAACGAGAUUAAGACCCAAUUCACCACCCGGGAAGGUCUGUACAAGCAGCUGCAGCAUUCGGAGUACAGCCGGCCCAACCGAGUGCCCUUCAACUCGCAGGGAUCCAACCCUGUCCGCGUCUCCUUCGUAAACCUCAACGAUCAGUCUGGCAACGGCGACCGCCUCUGCUUCAAUGUGGGCCGGGAGCUCUACUUCUAUAUCUACAAGGGGGUCCGCAAGGCUGCUGACUUGAGUAAACCAAUAGAUAAAAGGAUAUACAAAGGAACUCAGCCUACUUGUCAUGACUUCAACCACCUAACAGCCACAGCAGAGAGUGUCUCUCUCCUAGUGGGCUUUUCUGCAGGCCAAGUCCAGCUUAUAGACCCAAUCAAAAAAGAAACUAGCAAACUAUUUAAUGAGGAAAGCUCUUGUCAGCACUUGUGGAAGGUGGAUUGGAAUGAAGGAAGAGAGAAUGAAGGUAGCAAGACCAGUGAGGAGGCCCUAGUAGCUGUCCAGACAGGGUCAAGUGCCUGCACAUCUGGCUGAACUUCUACUUUUGAAGUAAAAUGUAGAAUCCUUUAACAAGCCUGUAUGGGUUGGCAGCACUGACAGAAAUCAAAGGAUACUGACUGACCUCCUCCACAAGUUUAGGGGAUGCUAAUGACCAGAGAUUGACUACCUUAAUGUGAGCGUAUUUCAUAUUUCAUGUGUAUGAUAAUAAAAUUCUUGUUUGGUCCAAGCAGAUCGAAGCAGGCCAGGUUUUAAUGGCAGGAGUGAAUGACUGUAGAGUGUCUUCUUUCAGUGAUAUCGAAUACAAACAGCAGAAACACCAGCAGUUUUACCGACCGUUUUGUAUAUUCAAGGGCCAGAGCAUAGUGUAAGAGAGCCCUUACGAGUUACUGCGCACACCUUAGCUCGUGCACCUUCAACUUUACAAGCUUUGCACAUUGGCACAAAGCUCAGAUACACCGCCUCACUGCGCCUGAGACGUGUGUACCACUAGUCAGGGCACACGGGGUGUCACAUAUAGCACCCUAGAACAGUGCUGUUUACGUGACCGGAAUUCCACUUCAGCUUUAACACAGUCACAGAAUGGUCAUUUAAGAGAUCUUGCCACAGAUGGACACUUAAAUGGUGACUGCUGAAACAGUGUCCUAGGUAAUCAAAAGCCUAACAGCAGAAAGCCAAAAAAUUGUCCUGAUAAACUAGAAGAUGUAGUCAGGCGAGCUGGCUCACACCUGUAACUCCUAUGCCGUGGGAGGCUGAAGUAGGAGUUUGAGUCCAGCGGAGGCAAUUUAAUGACCUGAUGAGAUCGUGUCUCAUCAAGCGGGGAGGGAGGGAUGAAGGAAAGGGGCUGCAAAAAGGGAUUAAGAUAAGUAUGUGUAAGUGCCAGCUCCCUACAAAGAAUGUUUACAGUAUAACAUGUCUGCUAAUAAAAAUAAAUGCCAGGCGUGGUGGUGCACGCCUGUAAUCCCAGCACAGGGAGCUGAGGCAGGAGGAUGCUGUGAGUUUGAGGCCAGCCUGAAGUGCGUAGCUCUGUCACCCUUUGAGCUUGUCCCAUGUGGCCCCACUGGGUGAGCCCGGAGGCACAGACAGAGGUCUGGGGAGGGUGGGAAGGGAGAGACGGGAGACUGUAGUCCUGGGAGAGCAGCGGCUUUGCCCGCUGUGGAGGAUGCAGCACUUGGUUCAUGCAGCUGUGUGUGGGCCAAGCGAGUUUUGCUCCACAGGUCCACGGCCCCACCCCACCGUGGGAGAGUCUCCCCCUUUUCUGUGUCUGAGUUUGUUGACACUUAAAUAACCGCUUAUCCAGUUUUUCAGGAAAACCAGUAAAAAAUAAGCAGAAGCCCCUCUAACCUACCGUGCAGUCUGAGAAUUACAGGUCCACAAAACCAAAAGAAAGGAAAAUUAAACAUGGGAUGAGCUGGGGCAACCCACUGGGGACCCCUCCUGUCUCCCAGGAGCCGUUCCUAUUCCCCGUACAUUUUCCCACUCUUAACCCGACUUCAGGGAACACGAACUCAGUGCAUCUGACAUCGAGCCAGCUGGGAUUCCAGCCGUCCCCUGUCAUUUUGGAGGUCCCACUGGGGUAACGGGGUAAAGCCCAUGAUACGUGUGCCAGGCUCCUCUGGUAAUGGGCAUCCCUCACAGCUGACUCUGGGACCCCUGUGUGAGGCCCACUACAUUAGCCUUCCGGAGUGAGCCUGGCCCCUCCGAAUGGGACAGGCUACAGAACAGAAAGAAGAACAGAAGCUGUUGUACUGCCCUUAGUGUAGGUUAUUUUCAGGAACCCAGGGAAGUGUUCAGUGGCAUUCAGUUAUUAUAAACAGACUAAGGACACAAAACACAAAACAUCUCCAACAUUUGCAUUAAAUCAGAGUGCACUUUCAGGUGCCUUGGUUAGAAUUUUCCGUGGGGCACGUGGUCAGCAGCAGCCCCACCCCCCUCUUUUGUUUGACACAGACUCUGUGUUGCCCGGCUGCUUCCUGCCUCAGCCUCCCGAGUGCUGGGAUCACAGGUGCAUGCUGCUACAUCCAGAUGCUUUAUCAUUCUUAGGAAAAUCAUAAUGGGUUUUUUCUAACAUUCUGGCUUCUUUAACUACUAUAUUUAAUGCCUGCUAGUUAAUAUCACAAAGUUAAACAAAACCCAGAACCCGUAGGCGCCAGAAGGGGAGAGGGGAGAGGAGGCAGGGGAGAAAAGGAAGCCAGAGUUACAGGUUCAGCUCCACACCCUGCAUCCGUGGUGAGCCCAAGGCAGUCACACUGAGAAACUGGUGAAGCCCUGAGCUUGGGAGCCUCCCCAAGGAAGGUCUGUCUCCAACCUGGGCUUUAGGGUGGGAAGAAACCACCGGGACUGCAGGCCAGGAGUCUGCAGCUUCAGCGAGUGGUUCCAGUGGACUGCUUGGCACCCCUGCUUGGCCUGCCACGGCAGUCACAUGUGUGGCUGAUAGUUAGGGGACUGGAGAGCGCCUGGAGUCGCACAUGGGUUGGGCUCAGGCUCAGUUUGUUAGAAGAGACACUGGGUGGACACAGGAGCAGAGAGGGCUGCCCCCAGGCUGCAGCAGGCCCCUGGGUAACUGCCUUCUCCGCCCACCCCUCGUGCUUCAGCUGCCUGUCUCUUGCCUUUCAGGCCUCUCCUUGGGAUCCCAUUAGCUCCUGCCUCAGCUGCACACCUGGACUCUGGACUCCAUCCAUGGGAGUUCAAAUACAGCUCUUGCUUGCUUGCUUGCUCUUUAUGUGAGCAAGUGGCUUAACCCCUUCACAGCUCCACUUUCUCCGUGAUCCCUGGGAACUGAGAGGGCCAAGGGAGGGGAGGGCUGGCCAGGGCACCUGGCCUGAAGGGGCUGUUUGACUCGAGCUGUGGGCCCAGGGAGUGGAGCAGGAGCACACACUAGCUCAGAGAUUUGGAUUCUGCACUAGUGGGGGGUGAACCCAGGGACUUUGCACUGGCUGUAGCCCCAGCCCUUACUCCCCACCUCAUUUAUGUUAGAAACAUGGCCCAUUGGCUGCUCUGUGAGUCUGGCCCAGUCAGCUCAGGUCCUUUGUAGCUCUCCCAAGCUGAGUCUACACCACCCCUGGCCCUCAGCAUGGGUUUGCAGUGCUGUCUGUGGCAAGCUCAGUAUUUGGGCCACAGACAUGGUCAGCAGGCUGCUUUGUAGGCAGCUCCAUGGGGUGAGAAGUUUGCUUUCUGUGCGGCUCACACAGGCCUGUUUC